UAUAUAUAUGAUAUAAAAGGAAACAACUUCAUGUAUCAGAUUCAGUCUCCUCAUGAAUCCAUGUAUAAAUACCAGUCCCGUCUUCUCCCCAUUGUCACAUACAGAUCAACAAUGGCUAACCAAAGGGCUAACCAAAGUUUUGUAAUGUUUUAUUACCUUCUCUCUGUUCUUAUUCUUAACAUGAGUCCAUUUUGUGAUGGCACUGAUGAAGAUAGAAGGGUCCAUAUUGUGUACAUGGGAUCACUUCCUGAUGCCGGUGACUAUAUACCAUCAUCUCAUCAUCUAAAAAUGCUUGAAGAAGUUGUUGAGAGCAGUCCUGCAGAAAAUUUAUUGAUUAGAAGUUACGGAAGGAGUUUCAAUGGAUUUGCAGCCAAACUCACUGAUUCUGAGAAGCAAAAACUCGCUGCAAUGGAAGGAGUAGUUUCAGUCUUCCCUAGUAGGAUUUAUCAUCUUCAAACAACAAGAUCGUGGGACUUCAUGGGAUUCAACGAGACUGUGGAUCGUAAUCCCAGCCUUGAGAGUGACAUGAUAGUUGGUUUACUUGACAGCGGAAUCUGGCCUGAGUCAGAAAGCUUUACUGAUGAAGGUUUUGGUCGUGCUCCAAAGAAGUGGAAGGGUGCUUGUAUAGGUGGCAAAAAUUUCACUUGUAACAAUAAAAUCAUCGGAGCUCGAUAUUAUACUACAGAAUCAAUGCCCAUGGAUUCUACAAGAGAUACUGAUGGCCAUGGAAGCCAUACUGCUUCUACAGCUGCAGGAAACAAAGUAAAAGAUGCAAGUUUCUAUGGACUGGCUCAAGGUACUGCCAGAGGAGGAGUGCCCUCUGCAAGGAUUGCUGCAUAUAAAGUGUGUGAUCCAUUUUGUUUUCCAGAAGCUAUAAUGGCUGCUUUUGAUGAUGCCAUUGCUGACGGAGUUGACAUUUUAUCCAUUUCGCUGGGAGCAGUAGUAGAACAAGAAUUUGAGGAUGAUCCGAUUGCAAUUGGAGCUUUCCAUGCAUUUGAAAAAGGGAUUCUUACAGUACAUUCUGCAGGAAAUCAAGGUCCUGAUGCCGGAACGUUGGGAACUGCUGCACCAUGGAUGCUUACGGUUGCAGCGAGCAGCAUAGAUCGUUUGUUCGUUGACAAGGUCAUUCUCGGGAAUGGGGAAACAUUAGUAGGAAAUUCAGUUAAUUCUUUCAAUCUAAGCAGAGUAAAUUUUCCUCUCAUAAACGGGCAAAAUGCCUCGUCCGGGUCAUGUCCUGCUGCAAGUUCUCAGUUCUGUCAGGAUGGAUGUCUAGACAGUAAAUUGGUAAAAGGCAAGAUUGUGCUUUGCGACAACUAUGAUGUCAGUACUGAAGCUCACAGAGCUGGAGCUGUGGGAUCAAUAAUGAGAAAUACUUUACUUGUCAAUAUCUCCUUUGUUGACCCCUUAGCUGCAUCUGGUUUAACUGAUAGAGACACUGACAUAGUCAAGGCCUAUAUGAAUAGCACAAAAGAACCUGUAGCAACAAUACUAAAAAGUGAGACUAUUAAAGAUUUGACAGCUCCUACAACGGCUUUCUUCUCUUCGCGCGGACCAAGUCAUUUUGUAACAGACAUUUUGAAGCCAGAUUUGACAGCUCCUGGAGUAGAUAUUUUAGCUGCAUAUUCACUUGUUGCUCCGCCAUCUUAUGAUCCCUUGGACAAACGCAGUGUAAAAUACAAUGUAUUGUCUGGCACCUCAAUGUCUUGCCCUCAUGUUUCGGGGGCAGCUGCUUAUAUCAAGACAAUUCACCCUGAUUGGUCUCCUUCUGCAAUCAAAUCUGCUCUAAUGACCACUGCUUGGCCUAUGAAUUCGUCCCAAACCGCUAAUGAGUUUAGUUAUGGAUCCGGGCAUAUCAAUCCCCUACAAGCUGCUGAUCCUGGACUCGUAUACGAAUCUUUUAAAGAGGAUCACAUAAAAUUUCUUUGUAACCUGGGCUAUAAUGGGCCCAAACUUAAGCAAAUAGCAGGAGAAAACAUCACUUGUCCUGAAGGGUCUAAGAAAUCAUUGGUGAAAGAUCUUAAUUAUCCAUCAAUGGCUGCCAAAGUUGAAUUCGAACAACUAGUUGUUGUCACUUUUCAUCGAACUGUUACAAAUGUUGGCCCUGCAAACUCCACUUACAAGGCAAGUGUUAAUCCAAGUUUAGUGAUGAACAUCAUAGUGGUGCCUGAAGUACUCGUGUUUGAAUAUCCAAAUCAGAAGAAGUCUUUCAAUGUCACUGUUCUUGCAGCACCAUUGGGAGAUGAAGUAAUUCUAUCAGGAUCACUUGUUUGGUCUGAUGGCAUUCAUAGAGUCAGGAGUCCCAUUGCAAUUCACACUAUAACUUCUUAGUUAAUAGUAAUUCGAUUAUCGUAGCGAAAUGUUGCUUACCAAAAUCUUGUAAUAAACAUCUGGUGCAUAUAUAACGCAGUCUCUUAUUACCUGCA